AUGAGCCUUCUUGUCCCUCUCAGUACAGCAAAACUCGCAUCGCAGUUAACAUCAUAUGAUAUCAUUGAAGCGCCCAUCGAGCAUCUUGCCAAUCUCACACUUCGAAACGCCGAAGAACUUGAAGCUAGGCUCGCACAUUUUGGAGAUUCCGUCAAGAAAAGACGACAUGGAUCGAAGCAAACUAAUGAGUUGUUAAGCGCUUUGGCUGGCAAUGCAGCAAAUCUGACCCGGGAUGUACUGUCGAAGGUGGAGGAGACUUAUAACGCCUCCAUUGCUACUUUAGAUCCUGCCUCGAGCGACUUUGUAACGAGCUCAGAACCCGACACAGGCGGUUUUCGCAGGCUGCUUGUUGCUCAUAACUUUGUUCUAUCGCUUUCGCUUGCUAUGGGAAUGGAUUUAACGGCUGAUUACGAGAUUGAUCCCGCCCCGUUCGAUCACUAUUGUCGCUCCGUUCAGAAGUGGAUCGCUGAUACCGCUUCCAGACCUGAUGAACAAGUUGGAACUGAGCCCCCUUCAACAAGCCAACUCGCCGAAGCUAUAGGAGGCCUUUCUCUAGCUGACUCCCAAUUCGCCACAAGGUCUCCUCUGGAAUCAGCCUUGCGGUCCGCUGGCUAUACCUCAUCCGCGCGGUGUGAAGUACAUCUAUUCUUGAACUGGAUACUGGAAUCCAAAUUUCCACGAGCAGCAAGCUUCUCCCGUUUCGGGGCUUUGCGCAGCGCACAUCAUUUCAGGAGUCGGAAGAAACCUUUCAAUCACGAAUACAUCGUCCUGUGUUUCGUCACCGCUGGUGGCGAAGAAAGCGUGGUUAGGUUGGAGCGAGCCGCAUUCCUUGGACCCAACCCUUACUUGCCACUGCCGGAUAAUCUAGCCCCUUUAUAUCGGGGUGUUCAGGCGCGAGAAUGGGUCUCUUUCGCUUGCUCGAAAAACGACUUGGUGGUUAAUUCUGAUGAGCUCGCAACUCUCCAUUACGAUGGUUCAGGCGCGAGUUCAUCUGACGACCAUCAAUCAAAGUCUUCUCUUGGGACAAGAUUUCUGGUGACUGAUCUCGCACUUGAAGUCACCCGAACUAAAGGUACACAUACCCAGUACAGGAUCUUCACGACGAAUUGCCGAUGGUUCGCUCGGCAGUUAUUCCUAAACCUUGUAGAGUUUUCUGAGAACUCCCAUACUCUGCACCAACUCACUUGGAGAGGAAAGCAUUGUUUACGGCAACGCAUCGAGGAGAAGCUGGGAAAAGAGUGGUUUGGUGGAGGACAACUCAAAGGGACGAAGGCGGUUUUCUUGCGCGCAGAGAAUACCCUUGCACUUGCAGUGAGGCUCUUGGAAGACGACGCACCAGCUUUAGCGCAUCAGUUAUGCAGCGGGGUAAUAUCGUCGAUUGAACAAGUCGUUCCGGAGGAAGAAGAAGUCUCCAAGAAAGACUUCCUUUUAUGCUAUGCAUUGAUGACGGAUGGGGAUGCCCUCUCUCUUGCGGGUGAUGUACGGAAGGGCCUUGCCGCUCUCGAGCGUGCUGUCAAACAUGGACGAGCUAUUAGUUGGGAGUACAAGGCCCUUUACACGAACUGCCUGACUCGAUACGCGGAUGCCUUGUUUCGGUUGGAUGAAGUUUCCAAGGCAUGCGAGAUGAUGGAGAGGGCCGUUGCCGUUACUAAGGACUUUAUAACAUCGCCAAGACACUUCAAGGCCGAUCUUGUAUCGUUCCGCCUGAACCAACUUGGCUUGUACCUUCGCAAACUUGGCGACCUUCCUAAGGCCAGACAAGCGUACGAAGAGGCCUUGGAUAUCAUAUUGCCGGAAUAUGCCAUCGAGCCUGAAAAAUUCGACACGUCGGUGCCCAUUUUGUGGAGGGAUUUGUCUUCUCUACUCAGCCAGAUGGGUUUGCACGAAAAUGCCUGCGCUGCAGCAAAGAAUGGCAUCAAAGUAGCGAAGAAGAGGACAUCAUUGGAUUCCCCUUCACUCCCCAACCAAGCAUCUCUCGAGUUAGCCAUUCUUCUUCGAGCCCUUGCAGAGGCACAGCUAGCAUCCGGUAAUGUUCCUAGCGCUCUGGAAAGCGCCGGGGAAUCUAUACGGACACUCGAGACGUUUGUACUCCCUUCACUCGAAACAGCGCCUCCGCGCGAACGCAACGCAUAUUUUAUGGCGUUGAACCAAUACGCCUCCAUUCUCAAUGGUUUAGGCAGAGAAGCAGAGGCAGUUCCGACUCUUCGGUCAUGCGUCCCUGUAUUGAAAUCGCUCGUUAAAGAUGAACCAUGGCAUCCCGAUCAUCGUGCUAAUCUUUCGACGACGCUCCAGAACCUUUCACUUUGUGUCUAUAAGCAGAACGUGGACGAAGCUUUUGCUUGCAUGGAACAAGCCGUUGAGUUGGAACGGACGAUGUUUCAGGAAGAUAAGGCUGGGAAGGCAACGUUUGUGGAUGCCCUGGAAAGCUUUGCGGAAUUAUUAAAAGUCAUGAAGCUGCGCGACAAGAAAACCAAAGUCUUGGAGGAACUGAAGGCAGUCCAAAACGCCUAG